ACUAAAUUCAGAAAACUUGGGUGAAAUUACUCUGCUCUCAAAACUUCAUAAUGACCUCACAAGCAAGCUGGAUACCAGUCCUAAUGACGUUUCUUCUUCUCUUACAUUUUUGGAGAGCAAAGGUAUAUGCUUCUGGAAACACAGAGGAAAUAGAUUUCACAUAUCUUAUUAUAGGAGUUACUCUGGGAGCCUUUCUAGCAAUUGCUUUUAUAGCAGUAAUAAUUUGCAUGAUCAAAAAACAAAUGCUUGACCACGUCUUCAGAGAGUCAGAGGGCAAAAUGGAUAGAAGGACCUUUCCACAGGACUCUUAUUCAUACUGGCAUCUCUUCUUUGUAGGACUCAACAAAUGGUGGUCAAAUAUGGGAUCAAGCCAGAACAGAGAUGACACCAACACACCAGAACAGCAAAGUACAAAUAAGCAAUAAUCCUUCUCCUAUUAACAGUUACCCGGUCUGAGAAUCAAUGGAUAUCUCUUGCCCAUGAACAGGAAUCUCACUAGUAGUAAUUCCUUUCUUUGUUCUUUAAUUGAAAGACCAAUUGAUUGAUUGGUUACAGGAAGAGCUUACAGUGCAUGCUAACUCCCAUCACCUGCAUCACAAAGCCCAUAAUCCCCAACAGCAUGCACAAGAAGGAAAUGUAGGAGGAAAAUAAGCAAGAUGAACUCUGCUCAUUAACAGAUCCUGUUUAGUCUGUGAAAAGUGUAUGAUUGAUUUCUAAAAUCAAUUAAAUCCAGGGUAAACGAAAAGCUAGCAAUACAUUUCAUCUGCAGAAUUCACAAUUGUGCUCAUAUUUCAAAUGAGGUUGAAUUAUCUUAAAACUCAUUCAUUUGAGGUUGAAGUAAGAUGGGAAAAAUGAUGUGUGUUAA